GAAAGAAAAUUCCAUUACAUACGGAUUCAAAUUUCAGUUAGGAAGAGGUUGAAACCGUUAAAAAGUAGAGUGAAAGUAUCCGGUAAAUCGGAAAAAUGAGUGCCACUGUGAGCAUGUUGAGGUCUGCUCCCAGAACAGCCGUCCGAUCGUACUCAUCAUCAUCUCAGCCGCAGCGCAAAGUCACCAUUUUGGGAGCCGCCGGAGGCAUAGGCCAGCCAUUGUCGCUCCUCAUGAAGCUCAACCCUCUCGUCUCCUCCCUCUCCCUGUACGACAUAGCCGGCACUCCCGGCGUCGCUACCGACGUCAGCCACGUCAACACCCUCGCUCAGGUCUUGGGGUUCGCUGGCGAAGAGCAGCUCGGCAAAGCGCUUGAGGGAUCUGACCUCGUCAUCAUCCCGGCCGGCGUUCCCAGAAAGCCCGGAAUGACGCGCGAUGAUCUAUUCAACAUCAAUGCAGGCAUCGUCAAGUCUUUGAGCGCUGCCAUUGCCAAGUUCUGUCCCAAUGCGUUGGUUAAUAUGAUUAGCAAUCCGGUGAAUUCAACAGUCCCGAUUGCGGCGGAGGUGUUCAAGAAGGCAGGGAUGUUCAAUGAGAAGAAGCUGUUUGGGGUGACAACGCUUGAUGUCGUCAGGGCUAAAACUUUCUAUGCUGGCAAAGCUAACGCUGAGGCCUCUGAAGUUGAUGUUCCUGUAGUUGGUGGUCAUGCUGGAACAACUAUCCUUCCCUUGUUUUCUCAAGUGACCCUAAAGUCGAAGACUUUGUCGGAUGAAGAGAUCAAAGCUCUUACCAAGAGAACACAAGAUGGAGGGACAGAGGUUGUUGAAGCAAAGGCUGGAAAAGGAUCUGCUACUCUAUCAAUGGCCUAUGCCGGGGCAAUUUUCGCCGAUGCUUGCUUGAAGGGUCUAAACGGGGUUCCAGAUGUUGUUGAAUGCUCUUUUGUGCAAUCAAGUGUUACAGAAUUGCCUUUCUUUGCCUCUAAGGUAAGGCUAGGAAAGAAUGGCGUGGAGGAAGUUCUUGGAUUGGGACCUUUGUCGGACCACGAGAACCAAGGCCUACAAAGUCUAAUACCUGAGCUUAAAGCCUCUAUGGAGAAGGGAAUAAAGUUUGCUAAAGAAAGUUAGUUAACCUGAAUAACUGCACAAGGUUUUAGUUUGAUAUUAAAAAAACCCUUUUUCUUAUCUUGUUCUUAACAUUUUUGUUCCGCUAAGCUAUUUGGAGCUAAGCUUUUUUGCCUCCAAACAUCAAUUUAAUAAAUGUGAGCAGUAUUUGUUCCUUUUGCAGUAAGUAUUUGAAUAUGCAGCUGGAGGAUUUCAUUGGUUUGGAAAUUUACUUUUCGACAUGGUGAUAGAUUUUAGAAAUGUUGGCAAUCCCAUCCAGUAUGAUGCUAAAUCAUAAACUUUUGAACGGUUUCAGUCGAAAUCGGAAUUUUCCGUCUAACUUUUGCUUUAAUCCCCACUUUCUGGACCACAAUAGAAGAGGAGGCAAGAGAUUGCUAACAGUAUUAUAGUAUAUGUAGAUUGAAUCACGUGCAAGUGCAUAUAUGUCAUACUUAUAUUAUAUAUGUCACAUCCCGGGAUCAACUCCGCCGUAGCACGAUAUUGUCCGCUUUAGGCCCCCCUCUCUGC